AUUUAUAUAUACGCAUUUAUAUAUGCACAUCAAGAAACAAAAUUGUGCGUCACAAGCUUUUAUUUAGUAUUCUAAUAAAGUUAUAUUUUUUAAUUACAUAUGCACAAAUAAUGAAGAUAUUUCUUGUGCAAAGCGUUAAUGUAUUCUUGUUUUCAUUAAAUUUUCAUUAAUACAUGUUUUGUCUCUUUCCCUCUACAGUAUAUUGAUGCAUUUUUCUCUUGAAUUAAAUUUAUUGAAUUAAAAAGUGACACAAAACUUUGGAAUCUUUUAACCACUUAUAAUUUAUGCCGAGAUAAGAAAAAGAUGCGUUGACGACAUUUAAUAUUUUUGUUUUUUGCUUUUAUAUAUUAAUUGUAUUAUUUAAUAUAUUAUUAAAUUUAUCGAAAAGUGCGUCUAUAGUGCAAGGGUUAGCUGGUGAAACUCUGAUGACUUAAGUUGAAAAAAUCUUAAGAGAAAAAACGAAAACUUGCACGAGAGAGAUCUAUCGAAAGAGAGGAAGGAAACAUAAUUUUGAAAUUAAUACCGCGUAAAAGUUUUUCUAAUUAUUUCAGAUCACAGUAGUGCAAGUAGGGUAAUAAAUUAAAGAAUAUUUUUUCUUCCAUAAAUUUGCCAAAUAAAAGAAAAAAAAAAGCUUUUACUCAAAAAAAAAACCCAGUCAUAUAAAACUUCCAAACAAUAAGUCGAGCAGCCGAUAAACAUGGGAAAUAUUCACACAACUGGUCCAAAUGAAGCCUUAAUUGUAUCAGGUGGCUGUUGUGGCUCCACUAAGAAACGCACUAUAGUAGGCGGCUGGGCAUGGGCUUGGUGGCUAGUUACCGAUGUUCAACGAUUAUCAUUAAGCGUCAUGACUUUAAAUCCUAUGUGCGAAAAUGUUGAAACUGCUCAGGGUGUACCGUUAACCGUAACCGGUGUCGCACAAUGUAAAAUAAUGAAAUCAAGCUCUUACGAUAAAUACGAGGAGAAGGCCGACGAAUUAUUGGGUACAGCCAGCGAACAAUUUUUGGGCAAAAGCGUUAAUGAAAUCAAACAAACAAUUCUCCAAACACUUGAAGGACACUUACGCGCUAUAUUGGGAACUCUUACAGUCGAAGAAGUGUACAAAGACCGCGAUCAAUUCGCUGCUUUAGUGCGAGAAGUCGCCGCGCCUGAUGUCGGACGCAUGGGCAUCGAGAUACUUUCAUUUACCAUCAAAGAUGUCUACGAUGAUGUUCAGUAUUUGGCCUCUUUGGGUAAAGCACAAACAGCGAUGGUGAAACGAGAUGCCGAUGCCGGGGUCGCGGAAGCGAAUCGUGAUGCCGGUAUACGCGAAGCUGAAUGCGAAAAAAGUGCAAUGGAUGUCAAAUAUUCAACUGAUACGAAAAUCGAAGAUAACGCACGAAUGUAUAAAUUGCAAAAAGCUAAUUUCGAUCAAGAGAUUAAUACAGCUAAAGCUGAAUCUCAACUGGCCUAUGAGUUGCAAGCGGCCAAAAUACGACAAAAAAUACGAAAUGAAGAAAUACAAAUUGAAGUGGUUGAGCGGCGUAAACAAAUCGAAAUAGAAUCACAGGAGGUGCAGCGAAAAGAACGAGAGUUAAUGGGCACAGUGAAAUUGCCAGCCGAAGCGGAGGCAUAUCGGGUCCAAACAAUAGCACAAGGCAAACAAUUUCAAACGAUCGAAAUGGCCCGAGCCGAGGCUGAAAAAAUACGCAAAAUUGGCUCGGCAGAGGCCCACGCCAUUGAAUUGGUUGGUAAGGCUGAGGCAGAACGUAUGCGUAUGAAGGCUCAUGUUUAUAAACAAUAUGGCGACGCCGCCAUUAUGAACAUUGUUUUAGAGUCACUGCCAAAGAUCGCUGCCGAAGUCGCAGCGCCUUUGGCUAAAACCGAUGAAAUUGUUUUACUCGGUGGCACGGAUAAUGUAACCAAUGACGUCACACGCCUAGUGGCCCAACUGCCACCUUCAAUUAAUGCUUUGACUGGAGUUGAUUUAUCCAAGGUCUUGUCAAAGAUACCGGGAGCAAAAGCGUGAGAUUUACCUCGCCGCUAUAUAACACCAGCUUUCGAUGACUUGGCCAUGGCUUAGUGAAAUAAUGAAAGAUUAUGAUGAUAAUGAUAAUGAUGAUGAUGAUGAUGAUGAUGAUGAUGAUGAGAAUGAGAAUGAGAAUCAAUUCACCACAAAAACCAGGACGCACUAAAUGAAUUUGAUUAAACGAUUGGACGAUUGAACAAUGAUUUAGGGCAAACACUUACUAUUAAGAAUUAAUUUUAUAUAUGUGUAUAGAAGUAAAUAAAACACAAAAGCGUUAAGCGAUAGAUGAACAACGUAUUUAGAAACAAUCGCGUAACAUAAGUAAUAUUUUUUAUUAAGAAAUUAUUGAAAAUAACUUAAAAAAAGAACCAAAAUGCUUAACAAUGAUUAUCUUAAUUGGAUUAUUGAAAAAAUUAAAAACGAAAUUUUUGGAAAAUCUAAAUUAAUCGUAGAGCAAAUUAGUAAUUUUUGAUAUAAUUCAAUGAAGUCGACGAAAAAUUCAUUUAUUUUACUUUCUUUUUUUUAUUUUAUUUUAAUAAAGAAAACAAUAUUUUUUUUUUUUUUUUUUUUUUUUUGUAAUUGUAAUUGUUCAUUACUUUUGCACUAUGACUUAUGAUUAUCCUGACCAACUGAAGCAUUUAGAGCAGUAACACGCUGCAUGUUAUGUAAUUCAUUAAAUGAAUUUCGAACUUUUAUUUUUAAAGUUCAUAACCGAAAAAAACAUAUAGUCUACGCUAGUUAGCGGACUCAUCUUUUGAGACAAUCCAAAAAUAGAGCUAAUUUUCAAUAUCUACAAAAAGACUGUUGCAGUUGGCACUCAGAUAGACGUUUCUAUAUCACGUAGGCAAAAUCAUAAAAUGAUCGGUCGUCGUUUAUGAAAUGUGAACGUUGCGGUAAAAUGUUUCAUUCAUAUCAUUGAAACGAUCCGCUAAUCGACUUACCUUACCUGCGCUCUCCUGAACAUUAUGCACAUUUUGCAUUGAACUCUUCGUUCAGUUGCAACUAUUCCUUACUUUUAUCGUUCGCUCUUGAUUACUUUGAUAAGUUGCUAGAACUUGGAACAAAGCACACAGACAUAGCAGAUGUUCUAACCGAAAAUGAACUAACAUCGCAAGGAUUCAACUUUCUGUUAAUAGCAUUUAAAGUUACCGCAACGAGUCAACGACGAACGAAUACGAAUGCAUUUGUGCGAGAAUCAUAUCAAAUCAAAUCGUCCAUCAUAUUUUCGGACGGAGAGAUAUCUCCGCCUGGCGUUUAAAAAAAAAAAA